AUGGCCGAGCUACAGCCAGAGGCACAGCAGGACCAAUCGGGAAACCAGGCCUGGCCACAGGCAGGAGGGCAGCAGGGGCCGCCCGGGGGAGAGCAGCAUGAACUGCCAAGGGAAGAGCAGCAGAAGCCGCCGGGGGUGGGGCAGCUGCCGGAGCGGGAGCAGCAAGCGGUGGAUGUGGAGAUGGCCGAGCUACUGCCAGAGCUGCAGCAGGACCAAUCAGAGAACCAGGCCCGGCUGCAGGCAGGAGGGCAGCAGGAGAUGCUGGGGGAAGAGCGGCAGGAGCUGCCAACAGGAGGGCAGCUGGAGCUGUUGGGGGGAGGGCAGCAGGAGCGGUCGGAGGGGGAGCGGCGGGAGUUGCCGGCGCGGGGGCAGCUGGAGGUCGCUAGUGCGGACUCUACUAGCCAAGCGAAGAGAACCCGGGCACGGGGCCGAGGCGGGAGACGACACGCCCGUAAGACGCAAGGGCGGACUGGAAGCGGUGCUGCCGCACAGCAGGCGGAGGGGCAGCCGGGGGCGACCGAGACACCCCCGGGAGCCCCGCGGGUGGGGGGGCAGCCCUGGGUGCCUGGGGCGCCCCAAGGAGAGCAGCAGCCAGGGGGGCAGCCGGGGGUGACCGGAGCACCCCAGGGAGAGCAACAGGCAGGAGGGCAGCCGAGGGUGCCCGGAGCACCCCAGGGAGCGCAGCAGGCAGGGGGGCAGCCGGGGGUGCCCGGGGCACCCCAGGGAGUGCAGCAGGCAGGUGGGGAGACGGGGGUGCCCGGAACACCCCAGGGAGUGCAGCAGGCAGGAGGGCAGCCGAGGGUGCCCGGGGCACCCCAGGGAGUGCAGCAGGCAGGAGGGCAACCGAGGGUGCCCGGGGCACCCCAGGGCGUGCAGCAGGCAGGGGGGCAGCCGGGGGUGCCCGGAGCACCCCAGGGAGUGCAGCAGGCAGGAGGGCAACCGAGGGUGCCCGGAGCACCCCAUGGAGUGCAGCAGGCAGGAGGGCAGCCGAGGGUGCCCGGGGCACCCCAGGGAGUGCAGCAGGCAGGAGGGCAGCCGAGGGUGCCCGGGGCACCCCAGGGAGUGCAGCAGGCAGGUGGGGAGCCGGGGGUGCCCGGAGCACCCCAGGGAGUGCAGCAGGCAGGUGGGGAGACGGGGGUGCCCGGAACACCCCAGGGAGUGCAGCAGGCAGGAGGGCAGCCGAGGGUGCCCGGGGCACCCCAGGGAGUGCAGCAGGCAGGAGGGCAACCGAGGGUGCCCGGGGCACCCCAGGGCGUGCAGCAGGCAGGGGGGCAGCCGGGGGUGCCCGGAGCACCCCAGGGAGUGCAGCAGGCAGGAGGGCAGCCGAGGGUGCCCGGAGCACCCCAUGGAGUGCAGCAGGCAGGAGGGCAGCCGAGGGUGCCCGGGGCACCCCAGGGAGUGCAGCAGGCAGGAGGGCAGCCGAGGGUGCCCGGGGCACCCCAGGGAGUGCAGCAGGCAGGUGGGGAGCCGGGGGUGCCCGGAGCACCCCAGGGAAUGCAGCAGGCAGAAGGGCAGCCGAGGGUGCCCGGGGCACCCCAGGGAGUGCAGCAGGCAGGAGGGCAGCCCUGGGUGCCCGGGGCGCCCCAAGGAGAGCAGCAGCCAGGGGGGCAGCCGGGGGUGACCGGAGCACCCCAGGGAGAGCAACAGGCAGGAGGGCAGCCGAGGGUGCCCCGGGCACCCCAGGGAGUGCAGCAGGCAGGGGGGCAGCCGAGGGUGCCCAGGGCACCCCAGGGAGUGCAGCAGGCAGGAGGGCAACAGGGGGUGCCCGGGGCACCCCAGGGAGUGCAGCAGGCAGGAGGGCAGCCGAGGGUGCCUGGAGCACCCCAGGGAGUGCAGCAGGCAGGAGGGCAGCCGAGGGUGCCCGGGGCACCCCAGGGAGUGCAGCAGGCAGGUGGGGAGACGGGGGUGCCCGGAACACCCCAGGGAGUGCAGCAGGCAGGAGGGCAGCCGAGGGUGCCCGGGGCACCCCAGGGAGUGCAGCAGGCAGGAGGGCAGCCGAGGAUGCCUGGGGCACCCCAGGGAGUGCAGCAGGCAGGUGGGGAGCCGGGGGUGCCCGGAGCACCCCAGGGAGUGCAGCAGGCAGGAGGGCAGCCGAGGGUGCCCGGGGCACCCCAGGGAGUGCAACAGGCAGGGGGGCAUCCGGGGGUGCCCGGGGCACCCCAGGGAGUGCAGCAGGCAGGAGGGCUGCCGAGGGUGCCCGGGGCACCCCAGGGAGUGCAGCAGGCAGGUGGGGAGACGGGGGUGCCCGGAACACCCCAGGGAGUGCAGCAGGCAGGAGGGCAGCCGAGGGUGCCCGGGGCACCCCAGGGAGUGCAGCAGGCAGGAGGGCAACCGAGGGGAGUGCAGCAGGCAGGAGGGCAGCCGAUGGUGCCCGGGGAACCCCAGGGAGUGCAGCAGGCAGGAGGGCAGGGAGUGCAGCAGGCAGGAGGGCGGCCGAGGGUGCCCGGAGCACCCCAGGGAGAGCAGCAGGCAGGGGGGCAGCCGGGGGUGACCGGAGCACCCCAGGGAGAGCAGCAGCUAGGGGGGCAGCCGGGGGUGACCCGAGCACCCCAGGGCGAGCAGCAGGCAGGGGAGCAGCCGGGGGUGACCGGAGCACCCCAGGGAGUGCAGCAGGCAGGAGGGCAGCCGAUGGUGCCCGGGGAACCCCAGGGAGUGCAGCAGGCAGGAGGGCAGGGAGUGCAGCAGGCAGGAGGGCAGCCGAGGGUGCCCAGAGCACCCCAGGGAGAGCAGCAGGCAGGGGGGCAGCCGGGGGUGACCGGGGCACCCCAGGGAGCGCAGCAGCCAGAGGGGCAGCCGAGGGUGCCCUGGGCACCCCAAGGAGCGCAGCAAGCAGGGGGGCGAUCGAUGGACGACCAGGAGCAACAGUUGGAGGAGUGGUGUCGACUUUUGCAGUUUGAUACCCCCAUGGCGACUGCGGAGGAGUCAGAGGCGGACGAAGAACCUCCCAUGCCGCCUUCCCCAUGCCCCCGCUUUCCGUGUGACACGUGUUUCCACACUUUCGCUACGCGAGGGGCUGCUGCGAACCACAUGAGGGUAUGCCGGGCGGCUGAGGCGGAGAGGCGUGCACAGGCUCUCGGCUCGAUUCCGUCUCUGGUGGAGACCGACACGCAGGAGCGAUCGACGCCGCGGGAAUUUGGGGACGAGGCGUGGGCUGGGGUUACGUCAUGGGAAUGGGAAACUUUUUUCAGUGUGGAGGCGGUUGGAGGGAGGACAGUGCGCCGGAUCCCACAGCGGGCCAAGUCGGGGGUCUUAGACGCGCUCUGUUGCAUCCUUAAGCGCUUGAAGAGCCAGCAUGGAGAUGAAGCUGCUACCCUCCUACUCUUGGCGUUUCCGUGCCUUAUCCUAGCCGUGCCUCCCAAGCCAGGCAUAGGUCAGAAGGCGCUGAUCACAGAGCGGUUGGGUGCGUUCUGGGAGGGGAGGUGGCGGGAGCUGUUCGACUCUGCCAUGGUGGCGGCGCGGCCAGCAGUUCGCCCACUUUCCUACACUUGCUCUGACCAGGACCCGGAUGCCAUCCGCCUGUCACGGUGCCGAUCUUGGUGCAAAGUGGGGGAGUGGAGCCGAGGAUUGGCCUGCCUUACAGCAGGGGAGUUGGCUCGACCGUCUGAGGCCAUGGUGCAGUCGCUGCGAGAGAAGCACCCGGCUAGCGCUGGCGAGGGAUGA